CCACGGCACGUCAUUAUGAUUAUCCAUUUAUCAUCUUUCAUAAAGAAAAUAUUCCAAGAAUUUACCCAAGCAAUAGCCCUUGGAAUAAUAUUCUACAAGAUAGUGAAACAGAAUUUGUGCCAGACUCUGAAAUAUCAAGUAGUUAUAGUAUUAUUACAUCUAUUUCCAAGCACUAUAUUAUAACUGAUAAUAUUGAAAAUAACAAGCUUUACGAAGUAUAUACAACCCUUAAAAAGCCUCUUAUCGCUGAGACUACCGCAUGUAACAAAGUUCUUAAUGCAAAAACACAACAACAAACCUGGGAUAAAUCAAAAAUAGGAAAAUUAGCUUUUUGGCUUCAAUA